AUGGAGGCAGCAGUAACAGAGUACCAGAAGCUUCAAUCUUCCUUCCAGACCGCCGUCGAGGCGCGCCAACAGCUCGACUCGCAGCUGCGCGAGAACGAACAGGUGGCCAAGGAGUUCAGCAGGCUCACGCAGAACAACGAGGUGUACAAACUCAUCGGACCCGUACUCGUCAAGCAGGACCAGGUCGAGGCAAAGACCAACGUCGACAAGCGCAUCGAGUUCAUCAAGGGCGAGAUCGAGCGCGUAGAGGCUCAGAUCAAGGAUCUCAACGAAAAGACCGAAAAGAAGAAGAUCGAGAUCGUCGCUCUCCAAACAAAGGCACAGCAGGACGCUUCAGCUGCAGGUGCUGGAUCCGCCACCGCCAUCUCGGCCUAA